CCAAAUUUUUUGGAUGGCAUUUUAUUAGAUUCAUUUACAUUUUUAACUACCAUUUUACACGACAGUUGUAAAUUAAACGCGUUACAUUAUUAUCGCGACUGAUCAUUUACUGUUACUUAAUUCUUUAAGAAAAACUACCGUCAUUGGCGUUAUCAGUAAAUUACUGAUAAGAUAUUUUGAUCAAACAAUAAUUGUAUUCUAUAUAAAUAGAAUUUUUCCAGACCUCUUACUGUGCUAACGUAGUAAUCUGUGACCUCAGUCGUUACGUACGUAUAAUAAUAGUUUAUUUGCCGAUAAUAUUUGUGCUGGCUGUUAACUUUUAUCAAAGUAAGCUUAUCAAAAAGGAUAAUGAUGAUGUCGAGGGUAAAAAUAAACAAUAUAUUGAAGACCGCUUCGAAUCUGAGGUUUUUAUCGACCCCCAUUCAAGAGGUGGAAAAUGUUGGGCCGGUUGUUUUCCACAAAUUGAUAGGGGCCGAUAGGGGCAUUGCGGUAUAUGGACUCAAUAGCCCUAAAGACAAGAAUGCACUCGGUUUUGAACUCGUACAAUCAAUGAGAGAGGUAAACGCACUGAUUCGGGAAGACACGAAAAUAUCAGUUGUCAUUUUACAUAGCUUGGUACGAGGAAUAUUUUGCGCAGGUGCCAAUUUAAAGGAAAGAUUUAAAAUGGCUGAUGAUGAAGUGGCAAAUUUUGUGAGAGGUUUGAGGGAAACAUUUAUAGAGAUAGAGGACCUGCCUAUGCCAACCAUAGCGGCCAUUGAAGGUGUUGCAGUGGGCGGUGGACUGGAACUAGCUUUGGCUUGUGACAUUAGAGUGGCGGCAGAGAACGCUAAACUGGGUCUGGUGGAGACCGGGCGCGGUUUGAUACCUGGAGCUGGAGGCACGCAGCGAUUGCCCAGAGUCAUUCAUCCAAAUAUAGCUAAGGAAUUAAUAUUCACUUCCAGGAUUAUUAAUGGAAAAGAAGCUAAAGAAUUGGGUAUUGUGAACCAUGCAGUCCCACAGAAUGAGAGCAACAACGCAGCCUUUGAGAAGGCACUGGACUUGGCGCGGGAGAUCUUGCCCAAUGCACCCAUUGCACUGCGCUGCGCCAAGCAAGCCAUCAACGAGGGAGUGCAGCUUAGCAUUAAGGAUGGCUAUGAGGUAGAACAAAAAUAUUACGAAAUCAAUGUGCCAACUAAGGACAGACAAGAGGGCAUGUUGUCAUUCAUUGAGAAGAGGAAGCCAAAGUAUGAGGGUCAUUGAUAUGGAAUUUUAUAGCAACAAUUCAAGUUAUACAAAAUCAUCUAAAUCAACUAAUUUAUCAAUUUAUUACAUAAAAUAGAGAAUCGAAAAAUAUAUUGA